AUGCUGCCCGUCUCCCACGCCGUCGCCCGCCGCCUCCGCACCCACCGCGGCCCAGCCUCCCUGUGUCAAGCCCGCCUCGCCCGUGACAAUCCCCGCCGGGGCCUCAACAACACCGAGGCCGCCCCGGCCGCUCGUCAGGCCCACCAUGACGACCACCAGAGGUCAUCGGCCAUUGGCGACGUCCUGGCCCGGAGAGCCCGCGCCGGCAAGCUGGUCGCCGGUAUUGCCGCCGCCUCGGACAGCGACAUGUUCAAGGGGCCUCAAACCGGCAAGCCCAAGGCGAAGCGCUGGGACAAUCUCUUGAGUGUCGAGAGCCGCGAGAGAAAGCCGUGCACCCUCAAGCAGGCGGCAAAGCACCUCAAGAAACCCGGCCUCGUCUCCCUCGGCGGCGGCCUGCCCUCGAGCGAGCUCUUCCCCUUUGCCCAACUGGCCAUGAAAGUCCCUACGGCCCCUUGCUUCUCCGAAAAGGACACCCUGGAGCGGGGGCAGACCAUCACCAUCGGCAAGUACGACGUGCGCGACCGCGACGCCACCUACGACCUCUCCAUCGCCCUCAACUAUGGCCAGUCCACCGGCUCCGCCCAGAUGGUACGCUUCCUCACCGAGCACACGGAAAUUGUCUGCAAGCCGCCCUACGCCGACUGGCGCGUCUGCCAGACCAUUGGCAGCACCGGCGCGCUCGAGCAGGCCUUGCGCAUGUUUUGCGACAAGGACCGCCGCGACUCCGUCCUGACCGAGGAGUUUAGCUUCUCCACCGCCCUCGAGACCAUCGCGCCCCUCGGAAUCAAGGCCUUUGGCUGCAUCCUCGACGAUCAGGGCCUGAUCCCAGAGGCCAUGGACGACCUGCUCACCCAAUGGGAUCCAGAGGCUAGGGGCGCCAGGAAGCCUCACGUCUUGUACACGGUGCCCUCGGGCCAGAACCCGACGGGCGCCACCCAGGGCGCCCAGCGCCGGCGCGACAUCUACCGCGUCGCCCGGAAGCACGACAUGUUCAUCCUCGAGGACGAGCCCUACUACUUUCUCCAGAUGCAGCCCUACCUCGGCAGGGACCAGCCCGACGCCCCCGCUCCCCGCAGCGUCGACGACUUCCUCUCGUCCCUCAUCCCCUCCCUCGUCAGCAUGGACGUCGACGGCCGCGUCAUGCGCCUCGACUCCUUCUCAAAAGUCCUCGUCCCCGGCUCGCGCAUGGGCUGGGUCGUGGCCUCGGAGCAAAUCAUUGAGCGCUACCAGCGCCAUGCAGAGGUCGCCAGCCAGGGGCCCGCCGGCUUCUCCCAGGUCAUUCUGCACAAGCUCCUCGACGAGACGUGGGGCCACGAGGGCUACCUCCGCUGGCUGAUGAACCUGCGCCUCGAGUACACCAAGAAGAGAAACGCCCUCUUGGCCGCCUGCGAGGACCACUUGCCGCGGGACAUUGUCAGCUGGAGCCCUCCCGCCGCCGGCAUGUUUAUGUGGCUCAAGGUCGACUACGCGCAGCACCCACACGCGACCCACCGCUCCCUCGAGGAGAUUGAGGAGGAAAUCUUCACGUCGUGCAUCGACAGCGGGGUCCUCGUCGCCAGGGGCUCCUGGUUCCUGACGGAAAAGGACAAGCCCCUCCCUGGCCUUUACUUCCGCACCACAUUUGCCGCCGCCAGCCCCGAGGCCAUGAACGAGGCCAUCAAGAGGUUCGGCAAGGCCGUGCGCGACAGCUUUGCCGGCAAGUAA